AUCCCUGCCAAACAUCCUGAUGUCAUGGUAUUUCGCAACUAUACACCCAAGGACCUACUACCCUUUGAUGGAAAUGGUAAAGAUGGCCGUAUUUUGAUGGGUGUCAAUGGCAGCGUUUACGAUGUUACCAGAGGACGUAACUUUUAUGGUCCAGGGGGGCCUUAUGAAAACUUUGGUGGACAUGAUGCUUCUCGUGGACUUGCAAAAAAUUCUUUUGAUGAAGACAUGAUUACGGAUCCAAUGGGCCCAAUUGACAAACUAGAGGAUUUGGCAACUGAAGAGUGGGAAUCCCUGCGUGAAUGGGAACAGCAUUUUGCAACAAAGUACUUAUUAGUUGGAAAGUUUAUUGAGAAUGAA